AUGACUGAAGCUGUACCAGUAAGACGAUCUGCUCGCGUUGCUGCGGCAGCUAAGAGAAAUCCAGAAUUGGAGGCAAAACAACCAGAAGUUGUAGCCAAGAAGGCCAAACCUUCUCCUAAGUCGAAGGCUAAAGACACAUUGAAAACUGAAAAGGAGGAUGUGACCUCAAAGGACGAGGAAGAACACAAACAGGAAGCUGCACAGAGCGAGGACAAGCCUGCCGUGGCAAAAGAUGAGACAGAAUCUGAAAAAGUCGAGGCCAAGCCGGUUAAGUCGAAGCAAGUUGAGGUUGGAGAUGCAGUCCCAGAUAUCACUCUUCUCGACCAAGAUUCGAAAGAGGUAAACCUUGCUGAAGUAGCCAAAUCUUCGCCAUUUGUGGUUAUUUUUGCUUAUCCUAAAGCAAACACUCCUGGAUGCACUCGUCAAGCCUGUGCGUACCGUGACCAUCAUGAAGAGUUCAAGUCUGCUGAUGUUAGAGUAUUCGGCUUGUCUGCUGAUAGUCCCAGUGCCCAGAAGAAGUUUGAGACCAAAUUUGACUUCCCAUAUCAGCUUCUGUCUGACCCUAAAUACGAACUCAUUGGAGUCCUUGGUGCCAAAAAGACUGCCACUGGCGGUGUUACUCGUUCUCACUGGGUCAUUAAGGAUGGUAAAUUUGUAUCUGUAAAUGUAGGCGUGAAGCCCGACGACUCUUGGUCAAAGACUCUUGACCUCGUCAAAAACUCAGCGUAG